UAAUGCAAAUUAGAUCAAAGACAUAUAUAGGGCAAUUCAUCGGUUAUAUAAAUAACAUAUUACAAUAGCCAGGUAUCUCCUCUUUGUGUUUCAGACACAUUUCUUUUUUAAAAGUCAAACUAGGUUGCAGUGUAUCCUACAUUUUUGUUUUGUUUUUUUCAGUAUGCCACGAGACAGAAAGAGGACAACAGAUAGGGGUGUCCCUUUACCUAUUAUGUCCUUAGCAGCUGCUACAGUGACAAAUGAACGCAGGACAGUGAGGUCUGUUGCAAAACAGUAUUCCAUUUGCCACACAACCCUCUACCGCUUUAUGAAAAAAAGAGAAAGGCUAGGUCCAGGAGAAGAGAUGAGGACAGGGUACUGGACUCCCAGGAGGGUGUUCUCAGCUGAACAGGAGGAUAGUUUGGCAGAUUAUCUUAGAAGAGCAGCUGACCUUUUCUAUGGUCUCAGCACUAAAGAGGUUCGUCGAUUGGCCUUCCAACUGGCUUUCUUCUAUAAGUGCUCCUACCCUGAUACCUGGAAUGAGUGCUCCAUGGCUGGCCGGGAGUGGUUUUUCGGGUUCAUGAAACGACACCCCUGUCUGUCUAUACGGUGCCCUCAAGCUACUAGUCUGUCUCGGAACACAAGUUUUAAUCGCCAUAAUGUGUCCAUGUUCUAUGAUAAUCUUGCCAUGGUAAUUGACAGAUAUCAUUUUGAAGGAACAGACAUAUGGAAUAUGGACGAGACUGGGGUCACAACGGUCCAAGAACCAGAAAAUGUUGUUGCCGGGCGCGGCGUCAGACAGGUGGGGGCAGUAACCUCCGGAGAAAGAGGAACGCUCGUGACCGUUGCAUGUGCGGGCAAUGCAUUAGGGAACAUGAUUCCACCCAUGUUCAUCUUCCCGCGGGUCCAUUUUAAGGACCAUUUCAUCCGGGAUGGCCCGCCUGGAUGCAUUGGUGCCGCAAACAAGUCGGGAUGGAUGUUGGAAGAGCAUUUUCUUCAGUUUUUGCAACAUUUUCAACACCACACGAGGGCCUCACUGUAUUCAAAGGUCCUCUUGAUUCUCGACAACCAUUCCUCCCAUCUUUCUGUUGCCGGGAUUAACUUUUGCAGAGAAAAUGGAAUUGUCAUGCUGUCUUUCCCACCCCAUUGUUCCCACAAACUACAGCCACUCGACCGCACUGUCUAUGGCCCCCUAAAACGCCAUGUAAACUCCUUCUGCGACUCCUGGAUGAGAAGCCACCCAGGCCUUACGAUGUCAAUUUAUGACAUUCCGGGGAUUGUUAGGUUGGCCCUCCCAUUGGCUGGAACACCCGUCAAUGUCCAAAAUGGCUUCAGAUGCACUGGAAUUUGGCCUUAUCACCGUGACAUAUUUAACGAAAGUGACUUUGCGCCGUCUUUGGUGACAGACCGGCCGCCACCAUUAGUUCUCCCGGAGCAGGCUGGGUCAUCCUGCUCCGUUCUUCCAGUUCUUCCACCAGUUCUUCCGGAGCAGGAUGACCUGCAUCAGGUGUGA